AGGGGUGAAAGGAAGCGUACAGUUAAAAUGAAACGAGUCAGAAAGGAGAAGGUAAAAGAAAGGAAAAGUACUGUAGAUUGGACAUCUAGGAAAGUAAACAUGGGCUCAGGUCAGAGUUCAUGUUAGCUAAUCCUAGCCACCUGCAUGGUAGGAUCGUUGUCAAUGUCAGAGCACUGUAUUAUUAGACAUUGUUUGGUCAAAACAGCUGUGUUUAUGUCAAUAUCUGCAGGGAAUCGAGUAUGUGAAUGUUAAUAAUAGGCAAACAUCGUUGCAUACUUAAACGUAAACAGUUUGCCAUAAUGGUGAUAUUCAGGUAUUUUGCUCUCUGGUCGUGAUUUCCUUGGGUUUAAUGGUCCUUUCUUUUAAGUACGAUUAUUUUUCUGGGUGUACAUAGGACGUUGUAUUGUCUUAAACGUGCCUCUGCCAGUGGUCAUCAUCACUAAGGCGUAAGAGCGUGAAGGUACGUUUCACUACAGUCAUAAUGGUGCAUUUCACCUGCCAUUAGCAAGUGUCGUGUUUGUCAGACUUAGCAGGUUAGCAUUAUGAAACACAGAGUCAGUUUACGCUUUGACACUGACGGGAGAACCGCUGUCCGGUGCUGGGUCUGAAGACCAGUCCGGUGAGGUGAGCUAUGAAAGCCAGAGUAACAGACUCAUGAUGAAGAUCAGGAAAUUCAAUCCAAGAAAAAUCUUCACCUGGCAAUUGGCCAAGACCUUGGCAAUGGGUCAGGGCCUGGCUGUCCUCAUCUGUGGGACAGCCAUCAGCUCCCAGUACUUAACGACCAACUACCACGUGAACACGCCCAUGCUGCAGAGUUUGUUAAACUAUGCCUUGCUAUGUCUCACCUACGUGACAAUGCUACUCUUCAGAAGAGGGGAUGGCAAUAUUUUUCAGAUUCUGAAGAAACGAUGGUGGAAGUACCUCCUGCUGGGCUUUGUGGAUGUAGAAGCCAACUACACAGUGGUUAAAGCAUACCAGUACACUACCCUCACCAGUGUCCAACUUUUGGACUGCUUUGUGGUGCCAGUCCUUAUGAUUCUGUCCUGGUGGGUAUUGAAGUCACGCUAUACGCCGGUCCAUUACGUGGCCGUUUGCGUCUGUCUCCUUGGUGUGGGGACAAUGGUUGGAGCUGACCUACUGGCUGGACGAGACCAGGGUUCCAGCUCAAAUGUCUUGUUAGGUGAUGGUUUGGUGCUUCUCAGUGCUACACUGUAUGCUGUGUCUAAUGUGUGUCAGGAAUAUACAGUAAAGAACCUGAGCAGGGUGGAGUUCCUGGGCAUGAUUGGCCUCUUUGGUACAGUUAUUAGCACUGUGCAAAUGGUGAUCUUGGAACGCAGUGAAGUUAUGAACAUUAGGUGGAGCUGGGAAGUGGGGCUUCUAUUCUCUGCUUUUGCCCUGUGUUUGUACACGUUGUAUAGCUGUAUGUCCAUAGUGGUGAGACUAAGCAGCGCCACCUCUGUCAACCUCUCCCUGCUCACUGCUGAUCUCUUCAGCCUUUUCAGCGGGCUGUUCCUCUUCCAGUACAAUUUCUCUGGACUUUACCUGGUCUCUCUGGUUGUCAUUCUCAUUGGCUUCAUCAUGUAUAAUGCUGUUCCCACACCCACUGCAGCUGAUCCUGUCUGUUCUUCCUCCUCCAUUGAGGAAGAACAGUGUGAUGAUCUGGCAGCAUCUCAGAAUGAAAUGACAACCCAGGUAAUAGUUUUAGAGAUAACUAACCAAGAAAGAGAGGGUGAUGAAAAAGAGUGCCAUAUAGAUGAAGAGACAGAUGAUGGUUGGAAAGACAAGAGGAGGAAAAAAAAGAGAGGACAAAGUUUUGGAGAAGAAAACAAUGAUGUAUUUUUUUGCACUAAAAUGUGACCCCUGGUAAAAUGUACACAUUUUGUUUAUUUAUUGUGUCUUGCUUGUAAAAUAGUAAAUGACCCACAAAUGAUUAAAACAGUUGUUUUGUAA